AUCUUAACAAAUGUUUAGACGUGGGCUGAAGUUGCGUUGUGCUUGACGAUUUCGACCCUGCAUAAGCAGAAUUGUGAAACGGCUGCGACAGCGGCAUUAGAUAAGGACCUGCUUCAUACUAUUGUAGCUGUUGCUUUAAUAGAAGUUCCAGUCGCACUUGCCCUUACUUCGAGCGCCAUGCGGCCUGCCGAGCGGGUAGGCGCCUGGCAGGGCAUGAAGGCAGGAGGCUUUUAAGGAGUGUAAGAUUUGAAGCGGAGCCGCGAGCUUUGGAGCUGAGCUGAGCGUUGCAAAGGACCAAAAUGGCCCUACCUCCGCUGCAAAAGUCCCACUCCAUUAGCCGUGAGGCUCUGGCCGCGGCAGCAGAGCUGGAUGUUGUGCUGGAGGAGAACCCGGGCCUGCUGGCUGUGGUAUCGGACAUGCUGCGACCCGAGUCACUGCCGGCGGGCUGGGAGGCGCGCUUCGACGCGGAGAAGGGGCGGCGCGAGUACGUGCACGCGGGCCGCGGCGAGGUGCAGUUCACGCACCCGCUGGCCGCCUACUACCGCGGCGCCGCCUUUAUGGAGGCGGGCGGCUACAGCCGGCUGCAGGCGGCGGAGGCGGAGCAGCCGCCCGCGCCGCAGGAGGUGACUGAGAUGUGUGCCUACCUGGGUGUGGGCGGCGGCGAGGACCCCUACGUGGUGGAGGUGGCGCGCAUGGCCAUAUCCGCGCCGCUGCCGCCCGGCUGGGAGGAGGGCGAGGACGAGGCCGGAAACCCCCUGUUCACCAACUCGGAGACGGGCGAGGCGCUGCCCUCCCACCCGCUGGACCCGUACUUCCUGGAGCUCAUUGCGCGGAGGAGGAAGGAGCUGCUGAUCCGCACGGACGGCGUGGGCAUCCGCUCCGCCAUCGCCGCCAAGCGCCUGGCCGCCAUGGGCAUGCCGGGCGUGUCCGUGCCGCCCGAGCUGCAGGAUGACGAGGAGGGACUCAUCUCCGGCGGCGUGGACGACGACGACGGCGGCGAGGGCGGCGAUGAGGAGCCGUACGACCCGCCGGUGGUGGUGGUGGCGCCCGCUGACAUGGAUGACGACGCCGAUGACGACGGUGGUGGUCCGGAGGUUGCGGCCAUACACGCGGAGGGCUUUGGGGCGCUGGUCACCAUCAACGAGGAUGAGGACGAGGGCAAGGACGACGAGGACGGGCCGCUGGUGCUGCCGCCGCCCGCCUUUGCCGGCGACGUCGAAAAGCAGGACGAGGAUCAGGAGCAGCAGCAGCAGCAGCAGCAGGGUGGGGCCGCCAGCGGCUCCCGCCGGGCCUCCAGCGCCGCCAGUGGCGGAAGCGAUCCGCAGCUGCCCAGCCUGUCCGCCGGCAUUGCCGACGUGGCCGCGCUGAGGUCAGCCGCCGAGGCUGAGGAGGCGGCCGCCGCCGCCGCCGCCGCCGCCUCUGACGACAAGCCGCACUGGGCGGCGGAUGAUGAUGAGGAAGAGGAGGGAGCUGGGGCCGGGGGCGUGCGGGGGGCGGGCGGGGGCAAGAAGAGCAGCGCGCUUGUGUUUGGGCACGCGAGCAGCAUGGGCAGCCACGUGAGCGGCCGCACCGAGGCCAUUGACCUGCCGCCCGAGCUGGCGUGGAUGAUGGGGGAUCCGCCCACACGGCCCGCCACCGAGCAGCAGCGCAAGAAUAAGAACAACAACAACAAGGGGAGCGAGGAGGAGGAGGAAGAUGGGGAUGGAAAUGAGGAGCAGGAGAAGGAGCAGGAGGGCAGGGAGGUGCGGAAGGGCGAGGGGGAUGAGGCGGCGGUGGACCAGGGGACUGUGGACCUGGGCGGUGGGUUGAGGCAGCAGCAGCAGCGGCAGCAGCAGGAGCGGGAUGAGACGGCGCGGCUGGUGCUGGGCGGCGGCCCGGGCGGCGUGUCCAGCAGGUCCCACAAGUCGGUGCGGACGGGUAAGGCCGCGGAGGAGCAGGCGGGUGAGAAGGAAGAAGAGGAGGAAGACGGCUACGAGGACGACUUUGAGUCCUACACCGAUGACUUCGCCUCCUACACCUCCUCCGUCUCCCACAUCGAGCGCUCGCGCUCCCAGGGCGCCCCACACAGCCGCCAGCACAGCGCCAGGAGCGGCCGCAGCCGCCACUCCGUCACCGCCCCCAACAGCCGCAAAGACCUGCAGCCCGCGUCAGCAGGCGCGGCCGCCGCCGCCGCAGGCGAUGGCGACCAGGGCCUGGGGCCGGACGGGCGGCUACGGGCAGUGGCGGAGGAGGAGGGCGACGAGGAGCAGGAGGAGCAGCAGGAGCGGGGGCGCGCUGCCGCCGCCGCGGCGUCGCGGGCGGCGAGUGCGCGGCAGCCCAGCCCGCCGGCCUUCCCGCAGCCGGACAGAGUGGCGCCGCGUCGGUCCCCUGGUGCCAGCGCCGCCAGCGCCCGCGGCGGCCGCCGGGCCGAAGGCGAGGAGGAGGAGGGGCAGCAGCGGCAACAGGAGGGGCGGCAGGAGCAGGAGCAUGAGGAGCAGGAGCAGGCGGAGCAGGAGCAGGAGGAGGAGUUGGGGCGCGGCGGCGCGCUGCACGUGCCGCCUGGGGGGCCCAGCUACAGCCAACAGGCCAGCCACAAGAGCCACGCCAGCGGCAGCUACAGCCGGAGCCGGGCGCCGUCGUCGCAGCAGCCGCGGCCGCCGUCGGCGUCGCCGCCGCGCGACGCCAGCCCGCCGCGCUCGCGUCGCUACACGGACGAAGACGUCGGCGGUCUGUCGCAGCGGCAGCACUCGCCCGCCAUGCCGGAGGCGGGCGUGACGUUCGAGGAAGAGGCGGUGGAGGGUUUGUAUGAGAGUGAGGAGGAGGAGGCGGCGGCGGUGCCGGAGCCUCGAUCCAGGCAGCCGUCGCGCAAAAACCGGAUGCUGGAUCUGGACCGCCUGCCUUCCACCUUCUCGCUGACGCCGCAGUACGGCAAGACCGGCGGUGGCAAAAGUAAAAGUGGCAAGGGCGGGCCCUGGGGCCGCGACCUGCGGCGCGUGCGGUCGUUCAGCGAGAUCGAAACCGGGCGGUUACGAAAGCAGUUGGACAUGUUGGCGGCGGCGGGCGCGCAUCAGGGUGCCGCCGGUGUUGCGGGCUGGAAGACGCCCGCUGGAGGGCUGAGCCUGGCGGCGGCGGCGGCGGCGGCGGCGGCGGCGGCGGCGGGCGGCGGCGGCGGCGCUGGCGGCGGCGGGGCGGGCGAUAAGGGGCCGGCGCGGGAGCGCAUUCGUGUGGCGUUGCGCUCUCGGCCGCUGCAGAAGCGGGGGGAGAUAUCGGCUUGGGUGGUUGACCCCGGAACGCUGGCUGAGGGCCGGCGCGGCGAGUUCAUCCCCUACCGCAACUCCAAACUGACGCGACUGCUGCAGCCGUGCCUGGGAGGAAACGCCAAGACCGCAAUCAUCGCCGUCGUCAACCCCUCCAGUGAGCAAAUCGACGAGACCUUCAACACCCUCAACUUCGCCACCCGGACCAUGGCGGUGGUCAACCAGGUGUCAGUGAACGAGUACGUGCGCGGCAGUGGGGCGGUGGGCGGGGCGCUCAGCGGCGCGGCCGCGGCAGCGCUGCAGAAGCAGGUGGUUGCGCUCAAGGCCGAGCUGGCGGCGGCCAAGCGCAACAGCGGCGGCGGCGGCGGCGGCGGCGGCGGCGGCGUCCUGCCGGACAGUGUGUUGGCUGAGCGGCUGAGUCGGUUGGAGCUGGACAAGGCGCAGCUGCUGGACCGACUGGAGGCCAUCACCGGCAAGCCCGUGGGCGACGUGUACGACGACUUGCCGCCCACACCCCCCGACCUGCACCUGCCCGCCGCACGCCCCCAAUCCCACGCCGCCCGCCCCGCCGCCGCCGCCGCCUCCUCCUCCUCCAACGCCCGCGACGCCGCCGGCCCCGCCGCCGCCGCGCUCCGCUCAAUCGCGCGUGUUGCCUUCAUGGGCCGCGGCGGCGGCGCGCCACGUAGCACCGAGCAGGUUCCUCCGGAGGAGGUGGUGGUGGCGGUGCGGGAGAUGCGGGCGGAACGCGACGAGCUGCGGCGGCGCGACGCAGGGCUGCGGGGGCAGCUGGAGGCGGCGCGUGAUCGGCUGGGGGUGCUGGAGCCGGUGGCGGAGCUGGGCAAUGCGGUGGCGGAGGCUGUGGCGGUGUUGGAGGGGCUGAUGGGGCCGUCACCGCUCGCGGACCCCAACAGCGGCGACGCGGCGGCGGCGGCGGCGGCGGCCAACCACGCGGCGCGCCUUGCGGAGAACGUGGCGGCGGUGGUGCUGAUGCACAACGAGCUGUCUUCGCUGCAGCGGCAGCUAGUCACGUCCGAGGCCACGGCGGCGGUGGCGGCGCGGCGGGCGGACGCGGCGGAGGCGGCCAUGCAGCGGCUGGCGGCGGCGGCGGCGGGCGAGUGGGCGGCGCGGGAGGCGGAGGCGGCGCAGGGCGAGGAGGAGGGCGAGGGCGGCGCAGACAGCGAGGCGCGCAAGGCGGCGGCGGAGCUUAAAGUCCUGACGGAGCAGCUGAACCACCAGUUGGGGGCGCUGAGGGAGGAGCUGGAGGUCACAAAGGACGAGUUGGCCCAGUGGCGGGGGCUGGCGGGUCUGCCGCCCGAGGUGGCGGGCGCCGCCGAGGACGCCGUGGCUGCCGCACUCGCAGGCGCCCUGGACAGCUCCGGAGGCGGCGGCGGCGGCGGCGGAGCCGACGGCAUGGGAGGCGGCAUGGGCGGCGGCGUGGGCGGCGGAGCUGACACCACGCCUGGUGGGCUGCUGCUGACUCCGGCGUCGUUGAACGUGGGGUCGUUCGCGAUCAAGCGGGCGCGGGAGGCGCUGGCCAAGGUGGCCAGUCUGGAGGCGCGGGCGCUUGCGGCGGAGGGCGAGCGGGAGGAGCUCAGGGAGCGGCUGCAGGGCCUGGAGGAGGCGGUGGCGGCGGUGCCGGGCGGGAGGGCCAUGCUGCCGCCCGUCCGGGCCGCUGCGGGUGUGGGUGGCGCCUCCGCGUCUGGGGAGGGCCCUCCCGGCUCCGCCGACGGCUCCCGACCCGCCGCCGCCGCCGCCGCCGCCGCCGCCUCCUUCUCCGCGGGCCCCGGCGGCGCGGCGCGGGCGGAGCAGCUGCGUCAGCACGUGGCCAGCCUCAGUCGUGAGGUGGCGGCGCUCACGCGGGAGCGCGACAGCCUGCUGGCCAUUGUGCUCAAGAUGCAGGGCCCCGCCGCCGCGGGCGCCAUCGGCGCUCUGGCGCACUCGCUCAACGGCAUCACGGCCGGCUCCUCCUUCAGCUCCGUGCCGGUGGCGGCGGGCGGCGGGCUCGGCGCGGCGGGCGGCCUCAUCGGGCUGCAGUCCAUAGGCGGCGGCGGAGGCGGCGGAGGCGGCGGCGGCAGCCGGCCGGGCAAGCCGGGGCGGUCGGGCUUGGCGGCCGCGCGCAAGGGCAGCCCCAGCAAGCUACGGCCCCGCGGCAGCUCCGACAGCGGCCUGCCACUGCCUCGCCCCGACUUCAACAGCCGCGAUGUGCCGCUGGAGGCCAAACACCGCGUGGCCCGCAUCCGCGACCGCGCCACCAAGCUGGACUCGGCGGAGCGGCUGCCCGGCAUGCCGCCCGUGCCCGAGCCCGUGCUGGCAGGUGCCCGCGACGCCGAACUGUUUGCGCUCAAACGCAAGCUGGUGGCGGCGGAGAAGGCGCGCACCGAGGCAACCGCCAAGGCGCAGGCGGAGAUGCGGGCCAUGCAGAUGGCCCUGGCUGCCGCCAAUAAGGAGGUCAAGGACUUCAGCCGGGCACAGGCAGCACAGAUGAGGCAAGUGGAGGUGGCCCACGAUGAGGAGCUGGCGGCGGCUCGCGGCGAGGCGGCGGGGCUGGUCCGCAGCCUGAUGGACGAGAACGCCCGACUGCGCCUGGCCCUGGCCACUGCAGGCGGCGGGGGCGGAGGAGGUGGCGGCGGCGGAGGGGGGCAGCAGUUGCCGGGCUCGCCAGGGAGUGGAGCGGCAGGAGGAGGCGGGCACCGUGCCUCGGCGGCGGGGAGCGUGGGCAGCGCCGGAGGAGGAGGAGGCGGAGGAGGUGGAUUUGGUCUGAGCUCCAUCCUGGCGGGUAUGGGUGGCGUGGACUUCCAGCUCAAGAGCCUGGGUGGCUUCGGGGGAGGAGGAGGCGGCAGCGGCGCCGGCUCGUCUGCCAACUCCAGUCCCGCGCACAACGGCAACGGGGCCGCGGGCAAGGGCCCGAGGGCGUCGCCACUGCGCGGCUCCAAUCUGCAGUCGCCCAUACCCGUGUCACCUGGCGGCGGCGGCGGCGGCGGCGGCUUUGGGGCCGCGGUGUCACUGCCGUCCAUUCCGCCGCCCAAGGCGGAGAAGGCCAAAGGCGGAGGGAAUGGGCGCGCCGGGCGGCGGUAGCUAGCUAGCAAGGGGCGGCGGCGUGCGCGCAUGUUUGUUGUUGCAUGGCGCAGGGUGGACGCAGUUUUAAGCGACUUGUGGAGCAGGGUGGAACAACGUGUGACUUUAUGUGAUCAGUUGUGUUUCAAACGUGGUGAUGGAAGUGAUUCAACCGCUGUGCUGUGAACAUAGCUCUGUGUGUAGUACACACGGUAUGCGUGUGGGGGGUUCGGAAGGACUGACGAAUGCAGCAGCAUGUUUACGUUUGCAUGUGCCCUGACACAAGCAACCAACCGCUUUCAUGUGAGCUUGUCGGAGGGUGCUUGUGGUGACAAACAACGUGAUCGCGCUCUCACGGCGGCAGCACAAUGCAUGGUUCGGAGCUCUAUCUGGUCGUGGGGGUUGUAGAUACCAUCCCAAACUAAACCGAACCCAAUCGGGUUGUGGGGUAUGUGCUUGAGGCUUGGAGCGAGGACUGUGACGUGCAGGCGAGCACGAGGCGCUGCCUGGUGGUGCUGGCGCGCGCGGGCGCGAGCAGGAAGUAGGAAGUAGGGUACAUGCGAAGGUGCGUGGUUGUGAAGCCGGGGGGAGGGGGGCUUGUACGGCGUGCCGGCACGUUCGGUCGUACGCCACAGGCCGCGCUGCAAUCACAGCCGCACUGCCGCAGCGCUGCGAUGCGGAAGCAGUGCUGGGGGGGGGGAGGCGGGAUGGCGCUCGGGUGCGUGGGCAGGGGAGCUGGUUGUAUAUGCUGGGAUAAGGGGGAAGGAUGAAUCCUGCACGGUUUGAAAGGACGGAAGUGCUGGCUGGGCGCUGGGACGUCGACCCGCCGCGCUUGGUCGUGUGUGUAUGAAGCCACGCAUGUUGACCCAUGCUCCCUACUCUUAG